CAGCAUCCCCAAAUUGGCACGAUGGAAGUAUCCGCGUACUACUGCCUCUAUAAGACGAGCAAGUGCCGCAACCCGCGUGGGCUCAAGCGAGAUGGGACGCUCCACCGAAUGUGCAACGACCACCGUGCCAAGGCCAACGAGAGCCAGCGAAAGAGCGAAGCCAAGAAGCGGUUCCGCAAGCACGUCGGUCUCAAGCGCCCAGACUCGUGUGGCACCGUCCCGUUCUAG